CAUUUCCAUAGCAUCAAACCAAUCAACAUGGCUUCUACCCAAUCGCUUAUCGGCCCUCCCGAAAUCCACCUUCCCACGUCAUCUUCAGCCGCUAAGCCAGAUUUAGCAACCUCCUGCAACCCUUUCAUCGAUGCCAUGGUGUCUAGCUUCAACAACAUUUCCCAUAAACCGCGGAUGGGGUUGACGGAAAACUACUCGCCCACCUUUUUAUCUACCGGCAACCCCUGCCUCGACUUCUUCUUCCAUGUCGUCCCUGAUACAUCACCGGAGAUUCUGAACCAAAGGUUAGAUUUGGCAUGGAGCCACAAUGAUUUAACCACUCUCAAGCUUAUCUGCAACUUGAGAGGUGUCAGAGGAACUGGCAAGUCGGACAAGGAGGGAUUCUACACAGCUGCUCUUUGGCUACACAAAAACCACCCUAAAACCCUUGCCUGCAACGUCAGGUGGUUUGCAGAUUUUGGUUACUUCAAGGAUUUUCCGGAGAUUCUCUACAGACUCAUGCAAGGAGCUGAUGUUCGGAGAAUCGUGAAGGAGGGGAGACCGAACAAAGUACGGAAAUCGGGGAGGUCGAGGCGGUUCUUAAAGGAAAAAAAGUCGAAGACAGGGAAGGAGGAAACUAGACAGAAAAUUGAAGCUAAACACUUGGUGCCGCGGGAGGAGAGGAUAGCGGCUGCAAUGGAGAAGGUCAUGAUUCAGAAGGACAACGCCAGAGAUUUGAGGAAGAAGAAAGUCGUCUCCAUGGCAAAGAAGGCUGUCGAGAGAUAUAGCCGUGAUCCAGACUACCGAUUUUUACACGAUCGGGUCUCAGAUGUCUUCGCUGAGCUCUUGGUAGGCGAUCUUCAGUUCUUGAAGUCUGGAAAACUCGGUAAUAUAAGCCUUGCAGCUAAGUGGUGUCCCUCUCUUGAUUCUUCUUUCGAUCGAUCAAUUCUCCUGUGUGAAAGCAUCGCGAGGAGAGUCUUUCCGCGCGAAUCUUACCCAGAAUACGAAGGGAUCGAAGAAGCUCACUAUGCCUAUCAAAUCCGCGAUCGUCUCCGGAAGGAUUAUCUCGUCCCACUCCGCAAAGCCCUUGAGUUGCCGGAGGUUUACAUGUCUGCAAAUUUGUGGAAUUCCCUCCCGUACAAUCGUGUUGCCUCGGUUGCCAUGAAAAGCUAUAAGAAGCAUUUCCAGAAACAUGACAAGGAGCGGUUCCAGGAAUACCUCGACAGUGUGGAGCGCGGAGAAGCCAAAAUUGCUGCCGGAGCGUUACUGCCGCACGAGAUCAUAGCAUCCUUAAAUGAUGAAGGCGGCAGCCAAGUUGCAGAGCUUCAGUGGCAGAGAAUGGUGGACGAUCUGUCAAAAAAGGGGAAAUUAAAGAACUGCAUUGCGGUCUGCGAUGUCUCUGGAAGCAUGUUUGGGACGCCAAUGGAAGUCUGUGUUGCACUGGGACUAUUAAUCUCGGAGAUGAGUGAAGAGCCAUGGAAAGGGAAAGUAAUCACCUUCAGCGCUAAUCCACAGCUUCACAUGAUCGAAGGAAGUGAUCUUCAAUCGAAGAUUCAGUUCAUUAGAAAAAUGGAUUGGGGAAUGAACACGAAUUUUCAGCGAGUGUUCGAUAAAAUACUACAAGUGGCGCUUGAAGGGAAGCUAAAAGAGGAACAAUUGAUAAAGAGAGUCAUUGUGUUUAGCGAUAUGGAGUUCGACCAGGCAUCGGGGAACAAGUGGGAGACGGACUAUGAAGCUAUACAGAGAAAAUUCGAGGAAAAUGGGUACGCAUCGGUGCCGGAGAUCGUGUUCUGGAACUUAAGGGACUCGCGAGCGACACCGGUACCGAGCAACCAAAGUGGUGUGGCUCUGGUGAGUGGAUUUUCCAAAAAUCUGGUGACCCUGUUCUUGGAGGGUGAUGGGUUGGUGAAUCCAAACGCGGUGAUGGAACUCGCCAUCUCUGGCGAAGAAUACCAGAAACUCAUCGUUUUGGAUUGAUGUUUCAUGACCUAAACUGUCAUCUAUGCAGCAGAAUUAAAAGGAAAAAAAAAAAAUCCAUGUUUUCUUUGUCUGGAAUUUUUGCCCAGUUUGGAAGAUUGAUUUAGCAUAAAAUUUUGAUGGCAAUGUAAAUGAGAUUUUUCCUGAGGUUUUGAUGAUAGCAGACGCGUGGCAUCUCAGUUGGUGAGCAAGAACUUAGUACUCAUUCCAAGAAUCACCUAACGCAGAUACAUAAUCUUAUCUGCUGCUGGGGAUGGCAAGUGAUCUAGAAGAACCAGAAGGAAAAGCAAGCACAAGGAAGAAACUGAUUACCCAAGCCUUGAUUAUUACUUCUUCCUAAAGAUAAAGAUCUCUUCAUAUCUCUGAUAAAGAACAAUUUUCAGUCUUAUAUCAUAUACCUGGAUUGUUACUUUUU